AUGAAGUUGGUAUCCGUUCGAUUCUCUGUAUCUCUUUCAAAUAAGAUCAAAUGGCUAGGUGCUUUUGUCGGACUAGACGUCCGCCGAUGGAUCCAUAGCAUCCGCUUCUUCAGCCGUCUUCGCUCGUCACACCCUCUCGUUGUCGGACUAGACGUCCAAUGAACACCCGGUGGUUCCGAUCCUCCACCGGAUAUUCUCCAACUAUGUGUUGGUACCCGCUGUCUCAUCAUCCAGUUGUCUCACUGUAAGCGCAUGCCCGACGUCCUUCGAAGUUUCUUGGAGGAUGAGACAAUCACUUUCGUUGGAGUCUGGAACAGUCAAGACAAGGAUAAUCUCGAGAGAUUCCGCCAUCAGUUGGAGAUAUGGAGACUUCUCGACAUAAGGCACUAUCUGGCUACGUGGCUCCGCAAUAGUUCGUUUGAGAAGAUUGUGGAGGAGUGUUUGGGGCACGAGGGAGUGAGGAAAGAUAAGGAGAUAUGUAGGAGUAAUUGGGGAGCUCGCAGCCUUUCUCAUGAUCAAAUUGUUCAGGCGUCACAUGAUGUCUAUGUUUUCUGCAAGCUUGGUGUUAAGGAACGUCUCUGGAAAGAGAGCUCUAAUCUUUCUUUUGUUGGGGUGUGUUUCUGAGGAAAGAUCUUUUCUUUUAAAAUAAUUAAUUAAUGUCUUUUUUUUUUUUUGUAGCUAGUUGUUUUGAUAAUGAACGUUUUCUAGGUCAAAAUCCUUAGUCGCCAAAACACCACGCAUGCUUUAUUAACAGAAAACAAGAAUUAAAAAGACGUCUAUGUUAACACUCCUGUCCUAUAUUAAAAAAAAACAUGUAUGUAUAUCAAACACGGGAAUACAGGAUCAUAGAUGUUUUGACCAACACUGUGAUUUCCAAUGGCUCAGAUUAAGGGUUAAAUAUAAUAAAUUCCUUUCUUAGAAGACGAAAUUGGUUCUUAACAUUUUUAAAAAGAAGAAGAAGAAGAAGAUGAAGAUGAAAUUGGUUGUGGGAUCAUUGUGUGCACUGGUCAUGUUGGACAAGGAUGAAGAAAAGAAUUUGUGAAAGGGUCGAGUGAUCAUCGUGUUUUGAUGUAACUCACAAGUCACAAUACUAUGGGCCUACGGUUUUUCUCUUGGAAGACGGCUGGCUCCGAAGGAAGAGAUAUGUCCGCGAGGCCGCGGCACCUUAACUGUGUAACAUUUUAAAAUUCUGUAAUGUGUAAACUAAACAUGUAAUAUAUAUAUAACACUUCACAUA